AUUGUCUGGUCUUGCGCGCUUUUCGCAACUCCGUUGCUGUUCGUUAUCUCGUCUUUCUUUGAUGGAUAUUAUACAAAUAGCUUCCUCAUACUCUAGGGUUUUCUUUGGCUGCUUAUCUAUUUGGAGCCUGGGGUACUUUCGCUUUAGCCCCUCUUGGCUUGCGAUUGGUACCCUAGCCUAUAUUUUGUUCAAUAGAACCAGAACUAAACGAAAACUAGUUAUCAGCACUCUUAAGACAAUAGGGAAAGAUGAAAAAAAUGCAAUUAUACAGAACAUAGGUGCACAUGAAUUACCUUCUUGGGUAUAUUUUCCUGAUGUCGAGCGAGCCGAAUGGCUAAAUAAAAUCAUUAAAAGAAUGUGGCCAUAUAUAACAGAUUAUGCGAAAGACAUUGUGCACGAGACUGUUGGCCCUGCAGUCGAUGCAAAUUUACCUGCACCACUUAAGCCAUUCAAAUUCGUCCUUUUGGACUUUGGGGAUACACCUCUUCGAGUUGGAGGUGUUAAAGUCUACAUGGAGGAAAGCAUUAAAAGAGAUGAAAUUGUAAUGGAUUUGGAUAUUAUGCACCUACGUGGGACACUCCGUGUAGUAAUUAAGCCUCUAGUCCCGAAAAUACCGAUUGCAGGGGCAAUUACUGUUUGUUUUUUGGACAACCCGGUCAUAAAUUUCCUCUUAACUGACAUGGGAAAUAUUCUUGGCUUCCCUGGACUCCAGGAGACACUGAAUUCGACUAUACGCCAAGUGGUUUCUAAUAUUUGCGUUCUUCCUAAUCGUAUUCCAAUCCAACUUGUUGACGAUGUGAAUUUGCAUCGCCUGAAGUUUCCGAUGCCCGAGCGUAAUGCCCAAAACCAGUUUCGGGGAGUUGUUCGUAUUAACGUAGUUUCUGCUCGUGAUCUUGUUGCUAAAGAUGUUGCAGUUAUUGGCAAGAAUUCAUCCGAUCCAUACUGUACGCUAUUGGGUUAG